AUGACAAUGAAUGUGCCACCCGUCAUACAACCAACAUGGCGACAUACGUCGGCGCCUUCUCCUCGUCUCGAAGCUUUAUAAAGUUUCUAUUGACGCCGGUAGUGCUACAUUUUCCAACGCCGAAUGUGUGUUUUAUGGUGCCCCGUCGCUUUUCUCAUCGGAGCAGCUUAUAUGAGCAUGUUCGUGAAGGAUAUAGCGAUAAGCCACAGCUGGACAUGAGAGCAGUGUGUGAUCAGACCGACAAAGUCAUAGCUAAUGUAGAGAGCAGGAAAGGCGAGCUGUGCGGGCAAGACGUCAAGGAAAUUGUGUGUGUGUGGCAGCAGCUCCAGGCAGUACGAAGGGAAAUCUCUGAGCUGGAACAGCAGAAGCAGCAUAUUAGUGGAACGGUUAAAGGUUUAGUGGCAAAACACAGAAAGGAAGCCCUCGCCGAUCUUCCGGAGUACAACCAGGCACUACUGAAAGGUCGAGAGGUCCGUAAAAGACUCAACCAUCUCUAUCCCCGAGAGACGCAACUGGAUCAGAAACACUAUAGCCAAGCACUUCGCCUGCCCAACACCACACACCCCGAUGUUCCCAUUGGAGAUGAGAGCCAAGCAAAGAUAGUGGAGUUGGUUGGCCAGAAACCCGAAUUUGACUUUAAGCCCAGAGGCCAUGUUGAACUGGGGGAGCAGUUGGGUGGCCUCAUCAGGCAGAGGCAUCUUGCUCAUGUCUCAGGUCACAGAUCUUACUAUCUGUGGGGGGCAGGGGCCAGACUUCAGACUGCACUCCAAAACUUUGCACUCGACACACUGCAACGCCGUGGUUUCAUUCCCUUGGUUGUACCUGACAUGCUGAAGAGUGCAGUGUUUGAGGGAUGUGGCAUGCAGCCCAACGCCCAUCGCUCUCAGGUCUACUCACUGGACCCGGAUCGUUUCCCAGACUUAAACCUGGCUGGGACUGGAGAAGUCGGAGUGGCAGGUUAUUUCAUGGAUCAUGCAGUUAAUUUGAAGGACAUGCCCGUCAGGACAGUAUGCAGCAGUACAUGUUACAGAGCAGAGACAGACACAGGUAGAGAGACCUGGGGCCUCUAUAGAGUUCAUCAUUUCAAUAAGGUCGAGAUGUUUGGAGUGACAGCAAAUGAGACAGGUGAGGAGAGUGCUCAGCUCCUAGAAGAGUUCGUCUCCUUGCAAAAAGAGAUAUUUUCUGCCUUGGAGCUACACUACAGAGUGUUGGACAUGCCAACACAGGAGUUGGGUCCUCCAGCCUACAGAAAGUAUGACAUUGAAGCCUGGAUGCCCGGGCGGAACAGUUAUGGCGAGAUUUCUAGUGGUUCGAACUGUACUGACUACCAGAGCAGACGCCUCAACAUCCUGUAUGAGAGAGACGAUGGGAGCCUGCAGUAUGCGCACACAGUGAAUGCCACAGCAUGCGCCAUCCCCAGAACAAUCAUUGCCAUACUAGAGACUCACCAAACCAAGGAAGGAUCAGUCCUCGUCCCCAGAGCCUUGCAACCAUAUUUGGGUCUUGAAAUAAUUGAGAAGCCAAAGUACAUUCCUCUGAAAUACAUUGGUCCCAACCAGCCGAGCCGCCCGCCCAGGCCUUCUCCCACAAUUACGUGACGUCGGCGUUGGGAAGAAUGUGUUAUUAUAAAGUAUUGCAGUGAGAAUAAUGAUCACUUCCUGUAAUGCGGUAUCUCAGUGAUGUAUUUUACAAUUCACCUCAAGCAUCUCUUUUUUUUUCUGAGUGUGCCCUUUUCAGGACCGGUAUGAAUUUUAUUUUCAUACAGCAUUCCAUUAACUUAGUCGGCACAUAUUGUUCCGCUUUGCUGUGUCUUGUGCUUCUAAGGCCCCACCUUCCUGCAUGGUCUGUACAGUCAGACUGGUCAUUGGCUGGAAUUUCAGUCACUUCAGCAUCAGUGGACAAACAGCAGUAUAAUACAAUACAGUAAAAUAUGUAAUAUAAAUCAUCCCCUUGACUGAUCAUGUCACUCAGUGUGUGUACAUGUUAAUCAUUUGACAGAACAGCAAGGAUUACGGUACCUUCCAGGACAGUUUACAACAUCAUAAUGCUUAGCCAAAGUGUUUUUAUUCUCCAUAUAUUUUUUUAAGACUUAAACAUGGAAUUAUAGGAACUGAGAAUUGUUUGUCUGUAAAAUGUCUUCUAAUAGUUGGCUACAGCAAAAAAUAUUUGAAAGGCACAUGAAUAUUGUACUUAUUUAAAAAUGGCAGCAACUAUUAAUGAGUAAUAUCCAAGACUGGAUGACAGUGAUGGCUGGUUCACAUUUAUCAUGAUGAAUGUUUUGCAUUUACCGUCUGUUGUGGUGAGCUGUGCAUUUGGUGUCUGGGUCUUCAGUGGAUUCUUUACUGACUUUAAUCCACCAUGUACCUUAGCAUGUUGCAGUUAUAGAAACUAUCAGUACUGUACUACACAGAAAUGCAAGACAGCAGCACACAACUGUCAUGUACAUCAUCUGGUGCAAUUCAAAAUGACCAUUCAUCUGAUAUGAUAAAACCAUAAAACUUUUAAAUAAAACAUACUCACCACA